AUGGAAAAAUCCAUCGCUAAGGGUCUUAAUGAUAGUAUUUAUGAAAAGCGUAAGGCUGCAGCUCAGCAGUUAGAAAAAUAUACUAGGGAAUGUCUUCAGAAUGGCGACCAUGAAAUCCUUGAAAAGAUUAUCGAUGAAUUAUGUCGGGAAUAUGCUUAUGCAUUAGACAGGCCGAUGGCCAGAAACGCAGGCUUAAUGGGUCUAGCAGCUGUAUCGAUCGCUCUUGGGACAAAGUUUUUAAGCAAGUAUUUGGAUACCAUUCUUCCCCCUGUGUUAGCGUGUUUUGGGGAUCAAAACGAUCAAGUAAGGUUCUAUGCGUGCGAGAGUUUGUACAAUAUUGCAAAAAUCGCGAAGGGGGACAUGUUGUUAUAUUUUAAUGAGGUUUUUGAUGUUCAUUGUAAGAUAAUUGCAGAUACGGAUCCAUCAAUCAAGGCAGCGGCCGAAGUGUUGGAUAGAUUGAUGAAAGAUAUCGUAUCGGAAUGUGCUGCGACUCAUGUAGUACGCGUCAACAACGAUCCAAAUGAUGUGCCUCCCGCGACAGUUACGGAUCCUCGCACUUCUGAAGUUUUAUCUACAAAUGAACCUCCGUAUGAAGAACAUGAAGCAAAAUUAGCAUUUUCGUUACCUAAGUUCAUCCCUUUGCUUAGUGAAAGGAUUCAGGUUGUGGACCCUAACACUAGAAUUUUUAUGGUAGGUUGGCUACAAGUCUUGGAAAACAUACCUGACUUAGAACUCAUAUCGUAUCUUCCAACAUUUCUUUCUGCCCUAUUUACAUAUCUCGGAGAUUCCCACAAAGACGUUAGAGUCAUUACUCAUUCGUUGAUUGAUGUUCUCUUACAUGAAGUCGAACGUGUUGCAACGAUCCAAAAACAAGUAAAAGAUCGAGAAAGUGAACUUCUGCGUCAGAAGCAGGCUUCUCUGAUGGACUCGACUCCUAUCAAAAGGCCAGAGGGUGCUUUGAUCUCAGAAAGGAAGAAAUCGUUGAUCAACGCCCUAGAAGGAUUAUCAUCUAAUGAUAAGACAUUGAGUUCUAUCGAAACUUCUAGUGCUCUGGACAUAACCAAUUCUGAACCAACAGAAUCCCUCAAUGAAUCCACUGAAAAUUUAAAAAUUAACAAUUCUAGAUUUGGUAGUGUCUAUAUUCCAGGUCAAGAUAUACAUCUAGACUUCCCUAAAAUUAUUGAAAUUUUAGUGAACAAUUUAACUUCUUCCGAAACUGAAAUACAGACGGUAGUUCUUAAAUGGAUUGAUGUGUGUCUUAAUAUUGAUCCCAAUGGGUUCAUUCCAUUUUUGAUAAAGUUAUUGGCUGUACUCUUGAAAUUGCUUAAUGAAUCUGACCCUACGUUUUGUGAAAUGGUUCAAAAUGUCAACCAAAAAUUGAUCUCUUUAACACAACGACCUGAUGUAGGCUCUGAAGGUAUCAAAUACGGUCCAAUUGUAAAUACAUUGACCCUUCACUUUCUGGAUAGUAAUGCGAUAACCAAAGAAGCCUGUCUAGAUUGGCUUAUUUUGAUACACCAUAAAGAUCCCUCCCAACUACUAGAGCAUCAUGAUAGUACAUUUUUGACCUUGCUAAAAUCAUUAUCAGACAAAGACGAGAGGCUGGUUGCAAAAUCACUUGAAUUAUUACGAUUGCUAUGUGAUGCUAGCCCAGAUAAUUAUUUCAAGAAGUUCAUUCAAAAUCUUCUAGGAUUAUUUAAGUCAAAUGAAAAGUUGUUAAAAACUAGGGCAAAUUACAUCAUACGACAGUUAUGUUUAAAACUCUCAGCUGAAAGAGUCUAUAAGAUAGUUUCUUUAAUGUUGGAUUCAGAUGACGAUUUGAUUUUUACCAAGAUGAUAGUUCAAAUUCUCAGCUCAAAUUUAGUCACUGCGCAGGAGCUUUCAAAAUUCAGAAAAUCCUUGAGGAAAGGAGAAGAUUGGUCUUGUUUCUGUAUUCUAUUCAAGACCUGGUCUCAUAAUCCCAUUUCGCUCUUGGCCCUUUGUCUAAUAUCUGAAAACUACGAACUUGCUUACAAAGUUUUGAAAACAUAUGUCGAGUACGAUUUAUCAGUUAAUGACUUAAUUCAGAUUGAUAUUUUGGUUCAAUUUUUAGAAUCGCCGGCAUUUACCACUUUAAGGAUGCAACUUUUGGAUCCAGAUAAGUACCCUUAUCUUUACAAGUGCCUUUACGGUAUUUUGAUGGUUUUACCACAAUCUAAAGCUUUCCAUAUUUUAGACAAUAGAUUAAAGAGCGUUGGUAGAAUUGCCUCACACUCUUUCCCAAAUUCAGCUGGUUAUUCAUCGUCAUCUUCGAGUCUUGGACGAGUUUCUUCGGAUGGCUCUGGUCAUUCUGGCUCUCCAAGAAAGCACCAGUACCAAGACUUAUUGGAUCACUUCCAACAAGUAUGCGAGCAGCACAAUCUCGAUGGAUCUCAGAAAAAGUUUCACGAAAAUAACUACGUACUGCUAAAUGAGAUUUUAUCUCCUGAUAACACAGUCAAUCCUGUCAUAAAUUCCACCCCGAUAACAGAUGCCAUGAACAAUACAUUGGAGCCUGCUUUGAGUGACAACGAAUCCGUAAUAUAUAGAUCGCCAAGCGCCAGAAGUGGGGCAGGAGAAAGAAUUCAAUCUGUUGACCAAGCUAAAUAG